AUGACCGUCACCACCCGCAGCCACAAGGCCACGGCCGAGCCCGAGGUCGUCUCCGCCACCACCUCCGGCUCCGACUUCUCCUCUGCUUCUUCCGUCACCAGCGAGAAGACCUCGGAGGCCAUCGAAUACCCCGACAUCAAGACCAUCCGCGACGCCAUCCCCGACCACUGCUUCCGCCCCCGCGUCUGGAUCUCCAUGUCCUACUUCUUCCGCGACUUCGCCAUGGCCUUUGGCCUCGGCUACCUCGCCUGGCAGUACAUCCCCCAGAUCGCCUCCACCCCUCUCCGCUACGGCGCCUGGGCUGCGUACGGCUACCUCCAGGGCCUGAUCUGCACCGGCAUCUGGAUUCUUGCGCACGAGUGCGGCCACGGCGCCUUUUCCAGGCACGUGUGGUUCAACAACGUGAUCGGCUGGAUCGGCCACUCCUUCCUUUUGGUCCCCUACUUCAGCUGGAAGUUCAGCCAUCACCGCCACCAUCGCUUCACUGGCCACAUGGAGAAGGACAUGGCCUUCGUCCCCGCCACCGCCGCUGAUCGCAACCAGAGGAAGCUGGCCAACUUGUACAUGGACAAGGAGACCGCCGAGAUGUUUGAGGAUGUGCCCAUUGUCCAGCUCGUCAAGCUCAUUGCCCACCAGCUUGCUGGCUGGCAGAUGUACCUCCUCUUCAACGUGUCUGCCGGCAAGGCUAGCAAGCAGUGGGAGACUGGCAAGGGCGGCAUGGGCUGGUUGAGGGUGAGCCACUUUGAGCCUACCUCUGCUGUUUUCCGCAACUCUGAGGCCAUCUAUAUCGCUCUUUCCGAUCUCGGUCUCAUGAUCAUGGGCUAUAUCCUUUACUCGGCCGCCCAGGUCGUUGGCUGGCAGAUGGUUGGUCUGCUGUACUUCCAGCAGUACUUCUGGGUUCACCACUGGCUGGUCGCCAUCACCUACCUCCACCACACCCACGAGGAGGUCCACCACUUCGACGCCGACUCUUGGACCUUCGUCAAGGGCGCUCUCGCCACCGUCGACCGCGAUUUCGGCUUCAUUGGCAAGCACCUCUUCCACAACAUUAUCGACCACCACGUCGUUCACCACUUGUUCCCUCGCAUCCCCUUCUACUACGCCGAAGAAGCCACCAACUCGAUCCGCCCUAUGCUCGGCCCCCUCUACCACCGCGACGACCGCUCCUUCAUGGGCCAGCUCUGGCACAGCUUCACCACCUGCAAGUUCGUCGUUCCGGACCCCAAGGUUCCCGGCGCCCUCGUCUGGGCGCAUACCGUGCAGGGUACUCAGUAA